AUGCUUUCGCGGGGUCGCCCGUGUCUGAGAAGGCGCCUACCUGCCGUCUCAGACACAGUCGCGACCGGCUCCCAUGAGCCUCUGCUGUUCCUGUAUCCUCGCUGGGUAGCGCCUGCUCUGCGGCAGCGACGACCGUUCUCCUUGACAUCAAUCGAGCUACCUGCGACCACAUGCCGAGCCUCGCGUACGCCUUUUCGCCCGGUGAUCCCCGCUGGCCCUUCGUUCGCUCGACACUCGUGCCGAUGGAUCUCCGACAUCCCCAAGAAGACGACCGAUCUGACGCCGAAGCCACCUCCUCACAACGUACCUGGCGAAAGCCCCAAAGAGAAUGAUGGGAAAACAUCCGAUUUCAAUGGCUCGAAGCGGAGUGGCGGUAAUCAACUCGCCACCAAGUCCGAAGAUGAUGCUCUCCAACGGCAGCCAGAAGGGCACCCCGCGCCGAAAGUCGACAAGGGACAGGGAACGUGUCUAGUUAUGAAUCGACCCAACUCGGUAGAUUAUAGCAAACUAUCUCCAACAGCGCGCAAGUUACGGGAAUAUUCCAUUCGCGACCAACAGAAGAUCUUCAGACGCGAGUAUGUGAAAAAGUACUAUCGAAAACUGGGAAAGACAUACCUCGACAACGGUUGGAUCAGAACGAUGAAAAUGUUGGAUCAGCUUCUUGAAAAAAGUAAACGGAACAAGACCAAGAAGAACCCACUCAAGGAGAAGGAGCUUCUUGUUUCAGAGGAAACCCUUGCCACGUUUGUUGGUGUGAACCAGUACACUUUUCAAGAGAACAUUUGGUUCAUUGCGAUCAACAAUGGUUGUCGUGUGCGAGUUUUGCCUGUGGAACGAAACAAAGGCUUCCUCCGCCGAAUUCUUCUGUCCGGAACAAGCCGUGCCAUAGAGUUGACCGAGACAACAUUCGCGAGUGCAAAAAGUGCACGAGAUCAAAGUGACCCACUCGCUGAGUAUUCAAGGUUAGCGGCUCCUAUCUGCUCAUCUCAGGAGGCUCUGGCGCGCUCGGGUCUACCAAAACCAUUGAUCCAAGGAUCUUGGUACUUUCAACACGAAGAUGGAAUGAAGACCAUGACCUUGGACCAACUUACAGCAAGUCGCCCUGAGAUCAAGUCAUGGAAGGAUUUCGUUGAGCUUGUCGAAGACAUUGUGCAUUCGAGGCCGCCUAAUAGCCACGAAUAUUCCUUGAACUACUCACCGAAACCCAAAGGGGCGAAGAGGACAAACUUGACGCACGGGAAACGGGUCAAGACAGCUCUUCAGAGACUAUUUGCUUCGGAAAUACAUUACCACUACUUGUCGAGUGCUGCUCUUCACAUGGCAUUGGAGUGGCUUUGUCAACAUGAGGAAAACGCCCUUGCACAGGCAAUUUGUGCCCGUCAUCGGCAUAUCACCACAGUGGAAACAUACAACAUGUUGCUGAAGUUUGCGGUGAAGAGACAGGAUCUCAGGGAAUUCCACUCUCUCUUGGCACAAAUGGGCAGACAUGAUAUCAAUCCAAACCCACAGACGUGGAUCAUCUUACUCAGCGCCCUGGUGAAACCCAAGGAGAAGGCUGAGCUUAUCGCACGUAUGGUACAACACAACUACCUGUCUGACAAAGCCAUCAUCCGGGAUGCACUUCAUCAGACAAUCCAAGAUUCACUGCUUGUGCAUCUGGAUGCUGGAAAUGAUAUAGAUUCAUUCUUCGAGCUCAUGGCCCGUACCUAUGGCGCUGAUGAGGCCAGCGCAGCUUUGACGGGCCAGAUUUUUGAAGCACUAGCUCGGUUGAGGGAUCAUGAUUCGAUUGACCGGUUGAUGCAGAUUUGUGUUGAAAAAAGCUUGGUGAUUGACGGAAACGCGCUCAGCUCACUCAUGAUCAUCAACCGUUCCAGAAUCCACAAGGCUAUACAGUACUUCUUGCGAUUCGAGGGUGACCCGGCGUUGCCGUCUCCUACAUCUAAAAACCGCGAGACCUUGUUCUUACAGGCAUACAUGGCCCGCUGCUAUAACGUUUGUCGUGUCUUAUGGCGGUAUGCAUGCCUGAGAGGCGAGGUGACCUACAAGAUGAAACAAACUGUCCUUACUUCGUUGUGUCGUAAUGAAAGCAAGAGGGCCAACAGUGAGCUCAGGACCCUGUGGGAUCUCGACGCUGGCAAAGUCAUGGUUGGCAUUGACUUCCACCAUGAAACCUAUCACAUGCCCGAGUCCAUUCUGAAAGAACUUCCUCCUGAGUGUCGCGACAAUCCUCUUUCCUUCCUCAAUGGGUGGAAGGGCCAAGGCGAUGGACGAGAGAUUCAGCUGCGCCUUACCAACGCCAUUAUUCACCAUGACAUGGGACUCGCUUCUACCUACAAACCCAAGCACCCUCUUCAAAUCAUGUUGGAAGCAGCAUAUCGCAUUGAUCGAGAGUGGCAUGACAUACCACGACCUCUGAACUGGAAGCAACAGAACGCCAUUCAAGUCCCUCUUAUCCCCAAGUGGGAUAGGAGAACCCCACCAACCGCUCUCGAGUGA